AUUAUAAUAGCAGGGGUUAAUAGGGAUGGGCCACCAUAAUACAAGGCGAAAUGAGGCAUUCUGGAAUCUGCAAUACCAUAUCUAUAAUUACAUCUUCAGCGUCACGUGUGAUGCGAGCGCAAUGCAACGCCGAGCAUUCGAUCGGACAAAGCGAUGCUCUUGGCGCAAGAAUUCGAUGUCUGGUUUCCGCGUUUGGUAAAGAUAUCUUGUGGGGUAGGAUACCCUGCCCGACGAGGCCGGAGUCGCGGAACGAGUUUGCCAUCACUCCGUCCGCGAUUCCGUGCCUCGAAUUGUCGUAGUACAUCUCUGGCUCAAUUCCGUCAAUCCAUCUUCAAUCGUGACAUUGGGGGGCCCUGACGAUCACCAGAUACACCCACCAACAUGACCAGUAUCCCGUCGUCGUCGUCGCAACUCAAGACGUCCUCCAGCCCAGACGGCCCAGCCACGGUGAGCGCGAGGACCCCUGCCACAGCGAGCGCGAGGACCCCUGCCACAGCGGAGCCACCAGUUCGGCCCACGAGGAAGCAGGUCUCGCGGGCAUGCGACUGGUGUCGCGCGAGGAGGAUCAAAUGCGACAAUGGCAGACCGUGUCGAGCGUGCCGGGCGCGAGGGGCCGACUGCACUCACAAGGGGACUGAUGAGCCUCGGACGCUGCCGCAGGCGAUGAGGGAGAUUGAGAAGCUCAAGCUCAAAGUCAAGGAGCAGCAGGCAGAGAUUGCCAGGUUGAAGCUCAAGGAGCAGCAAGCCAUGAUACCCACGCCAACAGAGACGUCCACGACGUCGGCGUCCCCCACGACGUCCAGUCGGCACAACUCACACAACAGCCAGCAGCAGGGCACGCCCUCCUUCACCCUCAAGCCCAAACCGCAGUGGGAGGGCAUCUGGCUGGCGACGUCACGGUCCGACCAGACGUCCUACUAUGGGCCCUCGUCUCACUUUUACUUUGUCAGUCGCAUCGGCACGUACCUCAACAAGGCUCUGCAGCAGCCAUGCACGGCAGGCUGCAUGCAGCCGCAAGAGGCGAGGAAGAACAUUGCCAUGACGAACCCUGCAGAGGCAGAAGAAGCUCCAGCCGAGGAGGGGGAGCCACAUUCGCCUGGGACGGAGGGGAGGAAGAAUCCCUCCAUGUCGCGGAUGCAGGAGGAGUACUUUCUCAAUCUCUUCUGGGAAUCGUACCACUGCUUCGUGCCGGUGGUGGACGAGGCUGACUUUAGGCGCCAUUACGCAUCACUGUGGGAGCCGAGGAGACCGUACCGGAAGAUGUCGCCUCUCGUGGACAUUGUGUUGGCCGUCUGUCUGCAGUUUGGAUACUCGUUCAUGCCCAAGGCGACGACGGGGAGCUCCUCGUCGGACGACGCGACCAUGGCGGGUCGGUGGUACUACCGACGCUGCCAGUCGCUGCUGACGGCGGAUCUCGAGAGUCCGACGCUCAACACGGUGCAGUGCCUGAUCUUCUCCAUCGUCUAUCUCUGCUGCGCGUCGUUCCACAACAUGGCGCAUCUGGCGGAGACGCAGGCUAUCCGGACCGCGCAGAUCAUAGGCCUGCACCACGAGCCCGCCGUCGACAUGUCGCGUCCUGAAAAGGAGCUUCGACGACGCGUGUGGUGGAUCUUGUGGAUGAUGGAGGCCAAGACGGCGGCCAAGCUCGGUCGCCCCGUGGGCAUGGACCGGUCGGAAAUGUCGACGCUGAUGCCCUCUGAUGAUAUUGAGGCGGCGUCGGCCAACGGUGCCCUGCUGGGGUCGUUUGGGAACGUCACUUGGCUGAGCUACAACCUGCAGCUCACCAAGCUCAUCGACGUGAGCUUCAGUGUCCACACGGCGCUGUACAACCGCUGUGGCGAGGCCAUUGCCAGCAGUCCGGCCGGAUCUCUGUACAAGGACCCCCAAGCACUCGAGUCGUGCGCAGAGCUUCUCGCCACACGCAUCCCCGUCAUCAAGGCCUGGGUGGACGCCGUGCCCAGCAGCCUCAAGAUGUGUCGGCGCUACCCUGGCGAGGCCUUCUCUGUGGACCGGACACCCCUGAACAUUGAUUUCACGGCCCCGACGUGGCUCCAGCGGCAGCGCAUCUGCCUCGAGCUCAUGUACCACACGCAGAUCCUGAAUCUGUCACGGCCAUUCAUCACCUUUUACUCCAACUCGACGACCUACACGCCCAUCGCGGAGCGACACGCCGCCGCCUGCGUGUCCCACGCCAUUGCGCACACGCUCGUCAUGCACCAGGUCGUCACCGAGACGGACCUCAUGGGGGGCUGGUCCGAGUUCUUCUUCUGGCAGUGGAACGCGGCCAUUACGAUCAGCGGCUUCAUCCUGGCGUACCCGAUCCACCCGUCGACGCCCAACGCCCGGCUGGCCCUGGAGAAGGGCGUGGCCAUCUUUGACAUUUUCGGCGCCAACUUUGCCGUGGCCGCCGACGCGGCCAAGAUCAUCCGCGACCUCAUGGGCAAAGCGGACCUCCUCACGGGCCGGCUCCGGUACGGCAUCACGAGCGGUGCGCCGCAGGAGAUGCCACCCAAUUUGUCUUCGUCGACGACGGCGACAGCGCCCGUCCCUGGGCAGAAUGGGCUGGACGUCACAGGAGGGGCGGUUAUUGAUCCCGCCAUAGAUGAUGGACUGGGCUGGCUGGACCCGAGUGAGCAGAGCGAUCCCAACUACUUUAGCGAGUUUAUGGACUGGGCGUUGUCGGUGGAUCAGUACAACAGCUUUGAGAGGUUCUUUGAUGCGAGCAACCCUGCGGACCCGUUCUUGUUUGGGCAGCAGAUGCCGCUGCCGCCUCAGUAA